AUGGCCGAAAAGCCCUUCGUCCUCCUAAUCGAGUCCAGCGUCCAACACAUCGACCAUCCCCGACGGCAAGCCCUAGCAGAAAAAGUCAACUUUCUGGUCUAUGACUGUACAUCUGUCGACGAUUUCAUCAGUCGACUGCAACCAGGUGGCGUAUACUGUAAUAUCACCGCUAUCAUCCGAACAGGUUGGCUUAAAGCCGGGCCGUAUGCAUCACACCUCGUUUUCACCAAAAAAACUAUCCCGCACUAUCCUCCAAGCUUGAAACUUAUCUGUUGUAGUGGACACGGAUAUGAUGCAGCCGACAUCGAAGCAUUGACUGCGCGGGGAAUCUGGUACUGCAAUACACCCAACGCAUGCACAGAGAGUGUCGCGAACACGGGGCUGUCUCUCGUGCUGGAGACAUUCCGGUAUCUGAGCUAUGCGCAGUGGUGUGCCAGGUUUGAUUGGCAGAAGAGUCGAGAGCUUGGAACCAAAGCUGUUGAUCCGGCUGGUAUGGUGUUGGGUGUUAUUGGUAUGGGCGACAUUGGAAUCGCGAUUGCGCAAAAGUGCGAGGCUGCGCUGGGCAUGAAGAUAGCAUACCAGGGUCCACGGAGAAAGCCCGAUGCAGAGGCGAAGCUUAAGGGAGGCGCCCAUUACUACCUUGAUCUGCUCGAGAUGCUCGCCGUGAUUGAUUGCGUGGUGGUCGCUGCGCCUUAUACUCCAAGCACGCAUCAUCUACUGUCGCAACGUGAGUUUCGAGUUGCGAAGAAGUCGGGCCUCCGAGUAGUGAAUAUCGCUCGUGGUAAGAUCAUCGAUGAAGAGGCCCUGGUAUCUGCCCUAGAAGCAGGACAGAUCAUUGGGAUCGGGCUUGACGUUCAUGAGAAUGAGCCAAAAGUCCAUGACAAGCUAAGGGAGAACUGGAUGGUCACUUUGUUACCACAUAUUGCGGUGUGCUCGGACACGAGCUGGGCCAAUUUUGAAGCAGGGAAUUGGAACAAUCUCGAGGCUUUCCUGGAAAAUAGCAAGCCGGAGACUCCAGUCAACCGAGUGUGA